GUCUAAAACCAUGUCCAAAAUCAGUGCGGGUGUUUGUGGUGCUGAUCUGUAACGUUAUAUUUAUCAAAUAUCAAACAUCAUUUUUUUAAAGUGCGGAUAUCUUAACUUCGCGUGAAUGUUAUACCAUUUUACACAGAUCGUGUGUUAAUAAACUCUUCACUUAACAAUAUUUUAACUUCCUCUUCUGAUUAACAUCAUGAUAUUAAAUCAUGUGAUUUUAUAUGUAUAAGGGAAGUUCGAUUUGGAGAUUGAGGUGAUCUGUCAAAGAAAUAUUACAAGAGGGUAUCGUGGUCUUUGAUCAUCGACACUACAUAUUUUUUUGUUCUGCCUGGAAGCAAGACACAUCGCGAAUCAUUUCAAUAUGAACGCACUGGCUUUUGUUUUCGCAUGGUGCGUUUUCGUCGUUAAUCUAUCUUUUGGUCAAGAACAUUCCUGUGAUGACAUCUUCCACUAUAAAACUAGGCUUACAAACUGUGGGAACAAUGAAUGUUAUUGCGCUGGAAAAGCUGCAACAUGCAUCGGAAAUAUCACUUCCACAAUUAUACCUGCACUAGAUGACAAUAUCACAGAACUUAAAAUCAAAUGUUACAAUUUAUCGGUCCUUAAUCGUCAGUCUUUUCAAAACAUACAACGUUUGAAUCUAACGAAAAUUUCUCUCUGGCGGAAUGAAAUAGGGACUAUAGCAGACGACAUUUUCCAUUUAUUCCCUAACCUUACUUUUCUUGAAAUAACUGAUAACGAAGAGAUAAACCAUACCUCUUUAUAUGUUGCUCUUGGCAGCUUACCGCAAUCCUUGCCCAUACAUUUGACCUUUGACAAUAUCCAAAUAAGCGAUGUCAAUGAAACAUCUUUCAGAUAUCUAAACAGAGCAAAUCUACAGAAUUUGUCGCUCGAAAACAACAUAAUUACGAAUAUGAACUUAACAGUCCUACAGUUGUUGACGUCUUUACAAGAACUAAGCUUAAGGGGUAACUGGAUCAGAGACAUGACCGGAAAUGAGACUUUGAAUAGUCUUCGUAACCUUGAUCUGAGUUCUAAUCAUCUGACGACAGUCAACUUUUGUUUAACGAAUGGUAGCUCGUAUUUUCCAAAUUUAAACAAUUUGCUUCUGGUAAAUAACCGAAUAGGAACAAUCUUCGAGAAUUUGAUCUGUUUAAAAAGCUUAGAGCACCUUGACUUAUCGAACAAUUCCAUUAAGACUGUGGAUAUGCCAUCACUUUCGAACCUGACGUCAUUAAAAACGCUUAAACUUUCCUCAAAUUGGAUUCAAGACGUUACUAUAGGAAAGUUACCCGAUAAACUUCAAUCGAUUGACUUCCAGAAAAAUGAAAUCGCAGUGUUUCCGCCUAACUUAUGUAACAUUUCCUCUAAUAAUACAUUUCCCGCGUUACGAGCGUUAAAUUUCAGCAGAAAUUACAUACAGAAGAUAAUGAUAAGUAGAUGGAAAUGUUUGACCGGAUUACAAUCACUAGAUUUCAGCAAAAAUGACGUGUCCGAACUAAAAAACAAUACGUUUAUUAAUUUGACCCGCCUAACACAUCUGUAUCUUGACAACAUGAUCCCAUGGCUUAAGACAAUAGAAUUAGCCGCGUUUAAUAGUACCUCUUUACAAAAUCUUAGCCUUCGAUACAACAGGAUCGAUUUCAGAAAACCGGACGCGGUACACAUAUUCAAAUUGUGCCCUAACGUCAAAUGGCUUGAUAUUUCUUACAAUUUCUUUACGAAUAUGACAGAGUCCAGGAUAGUUACGAUUCUUUCGCCAUUAACCAAACUUGAAAUACUUAAAGCACAACAUAUAAGUCUGAGAAAGAUGCCAUCCGAAAUAAUUAGACACUUUGAACAUUUAAGGUACCUGGACAUAAAUAGAAACCUUCUUUCUGUGAUACAGUUUCCGGAAUACUUCAAAAAUGAUUCACUAAGGCUAAGUAUACGAUACAUCUCUGCGGCGGAGGGAGAUAUCAACACGAUUAAUGAAUAUUCUUUCCCGUCAAGUAUUAAGAAUUCUCUGAAAGAACUGGAUAUCAGUGACAACGAGUUUUCAUGUGGGUGCGAUAUGCUGUGGUUCAGGGACCACGUUAAUGAACAUGGAUAUGUAGGAAAUAUAAAGCUCCUGCAUUGGCCGGAAAAGUACAAAUGUCGAAGUCCACAAAAACUUAGCGACAAAAGUUUCAAAGACUAUGAACCAGUCGAUGAAUGCGAACAUAUGAGCCCUAUCAUAGUGGCCAUUAUAGCUGCAGGGUGUUCCUUAUUUGUGUUUUCAAUACUGUUUGCAACGGGCUACUGGAACCGUUGGUAUAUUCAAUACUAUUGGUAUAAGAUCAGCAGACGACGAAGAGAUUGUAGGGCUGUAGAUAGUGAAACAACACCUCUUGUGGACAAAAUACAAUUUGACGGAUAUGUUGUUUAUAAUAAUGAAGAUGACUCAUUUGUACACCAUACUUUUCGCAGUUUUAUGGAAGACCAAUUGGGAUAUAAGCUUCAUAUCUGGAAACGCAACGCAACUAAUGGCGCUCUUGUUGACGUCAUUCUUGACGCAAUAUACGCGUCUAGGAACGUGAUUGUAGUUGUAUCAGAUAACUUAAUGAAAGACCAAUGGUGUAAGUUCCAAGUGGACGUUGCCGUCGAUCGCAGCAUAGAACUUGGCAGAAACUGUGUCCUAUUUGUUGUCCUUGAAGACGUUAAAUUUAAAUUGAUAAGCGAAUCAUGGUGUGUUCUACUCACGAAGAAACCGACAGCCUACUGGAGUAACAGCGAAGUGGCAAAUGAUAUCAAAAAGAGAUAUUUUGAAGAGAUAAUAAAAAAACAGUUUGGCAAAUCGUUAAGAGAGUUGCAGCAAAAUGGUGAGUGACGCGUGGGCAACAAAGAAGACUUGCAAGGACAUCUUCAUUAGCCUUGUAGCUGAGCUUUCGUUUGAAGUAUAUACAUUAUAUAUACUAGUUUAUAUAUGAUAUAUAGUAUAUAAUUAGGAAGUUUAUUACAUACCUGUGCCGCUUUUGCAACUCCAUAAAAACGGCAUUGCUAGUUGACGUUACGUCAUUUGCGGUAUACAAACAUAACGUAUUGAGGAGCUAAAAUGUUAGCCUUACACAGUAUAUAAAUGGAAAUGGAAAAGUGUUUCCUUUUUUAUUGUAAAUAGCUUUCAAUUUUAUAUAAAUGUUUAAAAAGUUAAAUUUUACCCUGUGCUUGACCUAUUUUCUCUUUCACAUAUGGCGUUAUAGUGCACAUCUGGAUCAGCGUAAAUUCCGGAGAGGAUCUAAAUUAUCUAAAGGAGUUUCGGAAACAAUCUUUCUUAUUCAAAUUUCUCUGAUAUUUGAGACCUGUGGCCCGUGUUUUAUCCCACUUAAAAGCUGCUUUUAAAAUUUCAUUAAUUUUCACCAUAAGAAUAAACUGUGAUAUAAAUGACAUUUUAUAAGUGUUGUUUAAAAUAACGAGACCACCAUUGGUGCUCACGAUCCCGGAAGCUCAUGGGGAGACAACAUAUACAAAUAUCUAAACUUUUCUGUUACUUUAAGUAGAUUUUGUUAAGUGAUCAUGAUA